CGACUGGGACGUUUGUCGCGCGGUGCAGUCAUGUCCGUCCGGUUCUGAGCGAUCGACGUGCCGGUCCACGUGGGUUUUUGCGUAAAUUCAAAACGACGAUGUCGACUACAUUUAUUCUCUGUCCGAUGCCGGACGUUCGCGUCAUAUCGUUUUGAUCGCAAAAAAAAAACAAUAACAAUAAUAAUAAAAACCAAAACAAUUAUUCGUAUUUUUAGUGUAAAAAAAAAAAAAAAAAUAUUUAAAUAAAUAAUAACGCACAACAACGAUACAACGAUAUUGUUCUCGUUUGAAUUUACUCGGGCUUUAAAUUCCGUCAAAAAGUUUUCUUGCGUUACAGUAUUAACUUCCUACCGUAUGUUUUGUCGACCGUUUAUUUCGUUAAAACCGAUGAUGUAGUAUUAUUAUAGUCUAGUCACUGGCGUUUACAUAUUAUUUUUAGUUUUUCACUGCUAUAUUAUUGUGAAAUUAUAUAACCGGGUUGUUCAGUGAAGAAUUUAAUUUAAAAAUUACCUAAAUUAUUUAAAUUCAAUAAAACGGUUAUUAGCAACAUCGUUCGAAUACAAUUAUGCGGAUAUACCGCCAAUGGCAUAUCCGAGAGCAGUCGAUGAAAUAGCUGGCUAAUAUAAUGGCGACGACCUAAAUUUUUAUUUACUACAAUAAUAUAUGAAAACCACUUUGAAUUAUUCAUUCUGAGGUACUGCUAUACUACAUAGACAAUGUCAUUGGGUUCCAUCGUCUUAUUAACUGCAGUUUGGUUAGCGAUGUCCAAGGUAUUGACCUGCGAAUCGCUCCGCAACAGCGGCAGUCACCGGGGCCGUCAUAAAUACAAACGACGACAAUUAUAUUCCGGGGAAAAUAACGGCAACGCGCGCCUUCACCGAGACAACUUGCCGUUGCAACAUAAUCCGUCAUUGUUACUGCUGGAGGACGAUAACGAAGCAGACACUACUGACGUUACGUUCGAGUUGGACAAACCACUGCCCAUCGACCAAGUAGCAAUUCCGGUUGGCGGAAAAGCUUAUCUGCCCUGCGACACACGAAACGAAAAUCUGGGAAACUCUGCAGACUCUUCCGGAUUUUUCAUGGUUAUGUGGUUUAAAGAACAGAAAGAAAACAACCCAGUAGAUCAAAGCUACGAACAAGCCGUACCAUCAUCUUCCUCAAUUUCAUCCACUUCCGGCGAACCCAUAUUCACGUAUGAUACAAGACAGACAUCUACAAAAAUACCAAAUCCACCAAGAUGGUGGUCUUCACCUAUGGGUUUUGGCGAUCGUGCGUACUUUCAUACAAUCGACAAUGAACAACUACAGCUCAACCGAGAUAUAGUCGAUCAUCUGACAGUGGAUAGAGCUAUGGCCACCGAUACUGGGAUAUAUAGAUGUAGAAUCGACUUCCUAAAAGCUCCCACCAGGAACAGACUAGUUAACUUAACGGUCAUAGUCGCUCCCGAAAGACCAACUAUUUAUUUCGAGUAUGGAAAUGGAAAUUCUAUUGGAGGAGAUCGCCCAGAAAAUUACCAACAAAAUCCCGGAAAUGUGAUUGUUGUCGACGAAGCAAGUCCAACUGUUACAUUGGUGUGCCGCGUUGUUGGAGGAUGGCCGCGACCCCGACUGACAUGGUACCACGAAAAUGCAGUGUUGCACUCCCCGUAUCAACUGGUUAAUGAUGAUGACCAUGGUCGCGGGUACCGCAGAAAGCCGAACAACAGUGCCACCACUACCGGUGUUACCGUUAACCGUUUGGUAUUAACUAACUUAACCAGAUGGCAUCCGAUAAUGAGCCAGCGACAACAAACAUUGGGCACGGCGCGUUUGACGUGUCAGGCGAGCAACAGCAUUCUACAUUCCGUGUCCAGUGGGAUUUCCCGUCCGUCGGCAAUCGUUAUAAAUGGAAAUUUGCCACCGCCAGCUACCACCGAACACACGUUUAUCCGUCUGAACCUGAUACCUACUGAAGUACAAAUCAUAUCAAUAAAAGAAUACAAAAAUCAUUUGAAAAGUAAUGAAAGCCACGGGAUUGAAAAAAAUGAAGUGUUUCCGUCAGAAGACACAGUUGGUUACAAGAAAUAUACAAUAAGAGCCGACCGGGUGUAUCAAGCCGAGUGUCGUUCCAAAGGAUCACGACCAUUGGCUAAAAUCGAAUGGUAUCUAUUAAAAAACAAUCAACGCUUUAACGUUAGUCAAUCGAUAAAUUCCACUCGUACGUUGGAUGUGUCGUCCCUGAUGGUCUUAUUGGAAAAACAACGAGGUGGUACGUCGGCAAUUUCAGAAAGUAAAAUAUCUGGCAUAGUGAAAACACAACAAACGCCAGAAAUAGUGACUGACAAAGAUGAAUUGGUCGUGACCACAAGUAUUCUAAGUUUCGUACUUUGGGGUCCAAAAUCUGCAGUUAUUAAUGAAAAUGAUGACAAUGAAUCAACUUUAGUUUGUCAUGCAUACAAUCCGGUCAUCAAAACAUUUGACCGCCAUUACGUCGAAACCAAAAUAACAUUGGAUGUUCAAUACCCUCCAAUAGUAGAGUUACGAUUUGGAAAUCGCAUGCUGGACACCGGGCGUAUCGGUCCUGGAGAUGACGUUUACUUCGAAUGUGCGGCCCGAGCCAAUCCGUCAACUACCAUCCGUUACAGUUGGUACCACAACGGUGUUCGGCUGACGCAAGAGACGGAGAAAAGACGAUCGGACGACGGUGACAAAAGGGGCGAGAAGAGAAACAACAGGCUGGCGGGUCGCGUUAUACAGUACAGUCAGUUGGGUAGUUUGGUUUUGCAGUCCGUGAAGGCCGCUGCAGCGGGAAAAUAUUCGUGCCAGGCGACUAAUGGGAUCGACGGCGACAGCAACGAUGAGAACAAAACGAUCAGCAACACAGUUCGGUUGUAUGUAAAACAUGUUCCGGUGUGCCAGCAUCGUGAAGAUAUUUAUAUUAUUACAAAAAAAACUGACGCAGCCACUGGGCCAGUGAUUCGAUGUCGGGCAGGUCAUGGGCAUCCGCCGACCAUCGAAUAUCAUUGGAAAUUCUAUCCUGAACAAGCAGAAUUAGAAGCCCACAAUAGAAGUCCCCUUGAAUCCAAUGAAAUGACAUUAGCUGGGCGAUCAAUAAGAGAACUAGACUCAUUACUUACGGAAACAGCUGUCCAAGGCAGUGACGGUGGAAUAUCAUAUACAUUUACCACAAGUACGCCAGUAUUAAAAUCGUAUUUAUCAGUCGUAUCGGCUGCAGCCUCAGCCUCUUCAAGCGCAGUUCGUCCAAACUUUCUUCACGGUCGACUAGAAUGCCGGGCCGUCAACACAAUGGGCAUACAGAAUAAACCCUGCGUUUAUCAUAUAACAGACAAAACAAUGAUCAAUCAGGGUAGUAGAAAUCUUCAAGAAAUCACUGAUUGUCGGUCAAUAUCAAAGAAAGAAUUGUUGAACGAAGACUCAAACACAACUGUAACGCAUCCUUGUGGAACCAAAGUGGAAGGCAUUGUCACCGGCAUUUAUAGAAGAACACGAUUUUGCAUAACGUGUUCAUUGAACACGUCUUCGUUAUAUUAUCAUCAACAUCGGCCCAAUAAUUACGUUUUACAGCUUUUUAAGUCCACGCCUAGAGAAUCGCCUGCAGCGGUUGCAGUUGCGUUUAAUGUGACUGGCGUUACCAUAACUGAUAAUAAUAACGGAAAUAGCAGGGCUAGUAUCAACGUACAAGACGAUAGUGAUUACUAUUUUGAUCCCGAAGAAGACGUGGUGGAUAGCAAUUUAGAUGAUUAUAAUCUGGACACUAAGAAUGCAGUCCAGAAAGUGGUGUUUGUAAUCGAUGACAGCAUAGAACCUGGAAUAUAUCGUGGAAGGAUUUACAAUAGUUAUGGGAGCACCAUAUCGGCGAUUAUCAAAGGAAUGAUCAAUGUUGCAGCAGUGCCAUUUAACGAUAUCAAUGACAACGAUAGUUCCAACUAUAUUGUUGACGACAUCGGGGAUAAUACAGACGAAUCGGCGUUGGGCUACGCUUGGCGCCGCGUCACCGUCGCGCUAGUAGACGCGUUUUCUCUGGUGUUGCCGCCGUCGGCCGAGGACCGUGAACCGGACUGGGACGACGACCGCGCCCGGCCACCGCACAAACGCUGGAGGGCCACGUCCGCCGCUCUAACGGCCGUUCUAGUGGCCGUGGUCGCGGCACUGUCUUGCGGCAUAUGCGGCGUGGUAGCGAUAUUGUACCGCCGUCAACACUACGGCGACCGUCGCGGCGACCGCGGUCACGUCGCGUACGGCCUCGGAUGCGACGACGGUGGAGGUGGUGGAAGCGGUGAUGGCGGCGAUGCCCGAGAUGGUGCUGGAAAAACUCCGAUCGUCGGACGACUGAAGACCGGGGACGCCACACCGCCAGCCACAGACGUGGACGUCGCGCGUCAACAGCACCACCAGCAGCAACAGCUGCAGCAGCAGCAGCGACAACUGCAACAGCGACAGCAACAAAUCCAACAGCGACAGCGACAACUACAGCAACAGCAGCAGCGACAACGACGACUGCAACAACUGCCGACCGCCACACCCGACGACGGUCGUGCCGGGACUUGCACGCCCCUGUUGCACUCGCAAACGUUGUCUCGUCGGGUGCAGUUGUACACGUCGGCACCGGAAGCGACGGGUCGACCGCUGUCCGCCACGUUUCCGGCGGCGUGUGGCACCGACGACGAUUACGAGGACGACGGCUACGACGCCACCACCGCUACCGCCGACGUGGCUUUGACCACAGUCCGCUGCAAUAACGCCGCGACCGUCGACUGCCGCAAUGACGGCAGAGGACCGGACAUCGUCAUGUCCACGGCCACGACGCUGCAUAUGGCCGAUACCGAUAGAUCAGGUGGUAACUGGCCACAGAAAGACCAACAACCACAAACAAAAUUCAAUACCACGAACAGCAACCACAAAUGGUCAUUAAACCGACUUCAGUAUCAAAAACCAAAUACUACAACUACUAUUCCGAGGGCCAAAUUUACAACGACUUUAACACCAACAGCAGCUGCAAUCUUAACAAAUAAACAUACGAUAUCUAAAACAAUCAAGCCGGCAAUAGAUGAACCUAUAUCAGUACCAUCUCGGGUGAUAUUAAACGCGCUUCAUCGAGAGUCAUCCAUUUAAAUCUAUGAUUAACUAUAUAUCAAUAUAUAUAUAUAGGAUCUUAAUAAAUAAUCGUUGUCUUAAAGACUUUAUUCUCUUUUUGCUCUAACUUUAUAUUUUCGGUCUAUUUUAAUCAUUAUUAGAUGCAUAAACUGUGUGUAUUUACCGUAUCUUAAUGUUAAAUAUUUUGUCAGUGACCGUUGCCACGUUGUAAUAAUGUUGUGAUUCUACAAUUUUUUUUUUUUUUUUUUUGAAAUCGUUACUUACUGUUAUUGUUAAAAUAUUAUGUCUUGAUACGUUUUCAUUCCUACGGACGUGUUACCAAUUUUAAGUUAUAAGAUAUAGGUAUAAACCCUAUGAUUUCGUGUACCUACUACUUGUUAGCAUAUCAUUUAGGCCAAUUAAAAACGUUAGUUAUACUUUUGCAUUGUUUAUUUUUUAGCAAAACUAUUUAUUUAUAUUAAAUUAUA